AGCGGCCGAUGGAUCGGCGGUCUCCUUUGCGUUCGGGUUGGGCUCAAACCCUGACCCUUCAAAGACACCCCUCUUCGAAACAAGGAGCCAUUUACUGGCCGAGUCAAGGUGGUGCAAUAUGUCCGUUUGAAUGAUGCGUUGAUUUAGCCGAUACGUGCGCAGCGGCGGGGGGCUGAGUCUCCGCCCGACCCGAGACGUUUGGACUUUGCCACGCCGGUUCCCGCUCGCUCGCUCGCUCGCUCGUCCGUCUUUGGGUUUUUCGCCCUCCCUUUUUGACAUUUUAGCUUCCGCGGAUCCUAAAAAGGUCGGAGGAAGGCGAGCGCCCGACGCAGUCGCCCGAGGUGGCGAAGCUGAUAUUUGAGCGCACGCCGAGGCUUCCGUUGCCACGAUGGCAAAACGAGCUUGUUUGGCUACUCGUCGAGCGCGGCCUCUGCACUAACAGACGCAAACCACGUCAUCUUGUUCCAUUUCCUCUUUCAAGUGUUUUGACGUCCAUUCCGACACCCGAGUGGCGGGUCGAGGACUCGGCGUGCUUAAUUGUUGCCAAAAUCCCACGUAUUUUUUUUGCCGUCCCGCGCCAGGACCUGGGCGAGCACGGCAUCGCCCCGGCCCGCAUCACCACGACGCGGCCCUUCGCGGCGCCGGCGCGACGGGACAAAGCCCAGACCGUCAACGCCCGGUCGGCCCUCAUCCCGGGCGACAGCAUCCUGGAGGAACUGGUCGCUCCUGCGAGGUCUUGCGUCGGCGUGGAGCUCCUGACCCGAAUGGGCUGGAAAGCGGGUCAGGGCGUGGGACCUCGGGUGAAGAGGAAGAGACGGCGCCAAGGCGCGCCCGACGGUGGCGCUAGAGUCUUCGGCUGCGCUCCUCCCCCCGCCGGCUCGGAGGAGGACGAGGACGACGACGAGUUUGUCCCCGAGAACGUGACGUUCGCCCCCAAAGACGUGAUGGCGGUGGACUUCAGCGUGAGGACGGGGCUUCAGGGUCUGGGCUACAGCGGUCUGGAUCCCGGGCUGGCUCUUCGCGGCGAGGCCGGCGACGGGCACGUGGACCUGUUCUCGCCGCACUCUGACGCCACCAGCAGGCUCUUCGGGGAAACGCCCCGGGGCUCGCGACGGGGGGGCGUGGCCGGUCAGGCGUUCGGCGUGGGCGCCCUGGAGGACGACGACGACGAAGACGUGUACCGUCGGGACGCCAUGUCCAAGUACGACACGGUGCUGGGGGACGAGCCCGGAGACGGACUCUACGGCUGGACGGCGCCGCAGCGCAAGAAAACGAACACGCACCACAAGGAGGCGUCGUACCUCGGCAAAAUCCUCGAAGGCUUCACCUUGGCCCGGAAUUCCGAAGAAAAGAAAACCAUCUUUCCUCCGCCCUCGCUGCCGGCCGACUUCCGCCCCGUGCACUACUUCCGCCCCCCGGUGGCCGUGUCGCACGUUUCGGGCGUCAGCGCCGCCCUGGCUGACGCGCUGAGGUCGUCCAGAGGUCGCGUGGAGCGCGAGGACCCGACCCCCGCGGGACGCCACCACAUGGCGUCGGGCCAGAGGGGGGCGCUGCUGGGGGAAGGCGCCCUACCAGGCCCCGCCUCCGUCAUGGAGCUGCUGAGGCCCGAAGACCGCCAGCGCUUGCUCCGCCUCCGCGCGUCCGCUCCGGCCCCGUCGGGCCCCUCGGCGCGUCCCCCGACCGCCCCCCCGUCGGCCGCGUUGCGCCAACAGCAGGAGGCGGCGGCGGCGGCGGCGGCGUGGAGAGCCGGCGGCCACUCGCAGGCCUUCAAACCCUUCGAGAAGAACGCCGGCAAACAAGCCAGAUACGAAGCCUACUUGGGACGACUGCGCUCGGGAGAGAAAGGCGCUCUGGAGGAGAGUUUGGAUCCUUCCAUGACGGAGUGGGAGCGCAGCAAGGAGAAGGAGGAGUUUGUGCGCGCCUCCAUCCUGUACCGGCCCAGCUCCUCCGUGCUCGCCAGCCGCUUCACGCGGGCCACGCGUCACGACGACGACGACGACGACCACCACCACCACCGCGUCGCGGAAGCGGAUCCGGACCCGGACCGAGAGGGCGACCUGCAGGACAAGAAAGCCGCCGUCAAGAUGAAAAUGUUCGGGAAACUGACCAGAGAAACGUUGGAGUGGCACCCUGACAAGAUUGUUUGCAAACGCUUCAACGUGCCCCACCCCUACCCAGGCUCGUCCGCCGUCGGACUUCCCAAAGUCAAGCGAGACAAGUUUUCCGUCUUCAACUUCCUGACUCUGAGCCAAAGCCCCGAAAGUUCGGGUCCUCCGAAGAAGGCGCAGGGCCCAAAGAAGUCCAGGUGGGACCAGGAGGCUCAGCAGACGAGUGACGCCGGCGCCAAAUCUUCUUCAGAGCCGUCCGGUCAAACUUUGGAGGCGUCACCCGAAGACCCUAAAGUGGAGAGCACACUUGAUGAUGGAUCAUCACAUGACAUCCCCCAGAAGAAGGAGCAAGACGAGGAGGACGGCGAGGACGAGGAGGACGGCGAGGAUCGGGACGCGGAGGAGGAGGUCCGUCCCCCGAUGGACGUUUUCAAGGCCAUCUUCGCCAGCUCUUCAGACGACAGCGAGUCCUCGUCCUCGUCCUCGGGUGAAGAGGAGGAGGAAGUCGUCGACGCGCCUCCGCCGACCCUCUUCGACACCUCCGCCUCGUCUUCCGCCCUCGCGACAUCCUCGCAGCGGACGGCGGCGGCUGCGGUUUCCCGCGCGCUGUCGGAGUCCCAGGAAGUUCCGGAGUUUGGCCCCAAGCUUCCGCCUCCCUGGUUCGGUCCCGCCACGGGGGGCGCCGCCGCCACCGCCGCGCCGGCCUGUGACAGGAAAGUCAAGAACAAGAAGCAACACAAACACAGAAAAGACCGGAAGAAGAAGAAAAGCAAGAAGAAUAAAAACAAAGUGAAGCGGCAAGAAGACAGGAGCAAGAAGAAGAAGAAGAAAAAGACCAAGAAAAAAAAGGAAGAGGACGCCGACGCGUCGGACCCAAGUGAUGACGGAGGAGACGGAAAGGCAGAGGUGUCCGCGCAGGAAUUGAUCCGAAGGGUGAAGAGCGUCUCGUCUUCACGCGCCGCCCGGUGACCCUCGUCGCUCAGGAGAAUGUCAAGGUCCACUCUGACGGGGUCGCAUUUUCUCAUUAAAAAAUGGUUUUCAAAUGC